UUUGCAGGCAUGAAAGAAGUUUUACUGGAAAGCAACCCUCUGAUUUUUUUCAAUAUGGUAAACCCUUUGCAUACCAGAGUCAUACCAAAAGGUAUGAAAUAACAGAAAAUGGAGAGAAAUCCUAUGAAUGUAACCAAUGUGGUAAAGCUUUAUCACAAAAAUGUAGUCUCAAAAUACAUAAAAGAACACAUAAUGGAGAAAAACCCUAUAAAUGUAAUCAAUGUGUUAAAGCCUUUGCACAAAUUGGUGAUCUCCAAAAACAUAAAAGAACUCAUACAGGAGAGAAACCCUAUAAAUGUAAUCAAUGUGUUAAAGCCUUUGCACAAAUUGGUGAUCUCCAAAAACAUAAAAGAACACAUACAGGAGAGAAACCCUAUGAAUGUAACCAAUGUGGUAAAGUCUUCGGACGAAGCUUUGCUCUCCAAACACAUAAAAGAACACAUACAGGAGAGAAACCCUAUGAAUGUAUCCAUUGUGGUAAAGCCUUUGCACAAAGCAGUCAUCUCCAAAAGCAUAAAAGAACGCACACAGGAGAGAAACCCUAUAAAUGCAAUCAAUGUGGUAAAGCCUUUGCGGUCAGAUGGUCUCUUCAAGAACAUAAACAAACACAUACAGGAGAGAAACCUUUUGAAUGUAACCAGUGUGGUAAAUCCUUUGCAGGAAAGAGUAAUCUCCGAGCACAUGAACGAACACACUUAAGAGGAAAAGCCCUGUGAAUGUAACCAGUGUGGUUAAACUUUUUAAAAAAUCAGUGGUCUUCGCAUACAUAAAAGAGCAUAUAUGCUCUUACACCUGUCUUGCUCUUUGCUCUCUUUUAUUCUUUGCUCUUCCCCUUUGUCCCUACUUUCCCCACCCCUUUCCUCCACCUUCUCAUGGCCGGCCUUUUUUCCUCCUCUCUUUUACUCUUCUUCUUUCAUUAAACCUCUCCACCUGGAAAAAAACAUAUAGUUAAGAGAAACCUUUGACUGGACCCAGUGCGUGAAAGCUUUUUCACAAAGCAGAGAUCUCCAAAAUAAUA